CGAACACACAAACCCCAAAAGUCUCAACAAUGUCAGCAGAAGGUAUCUCGCUUCAAGUCACAAUCUGGAUCAGCCCAGAGAACGUCCCGAAAUUCCUGGAGGCAAUGCGCCCUGUCUUUGAAAAGGUCACCGCGGAACCAGAAUGUACUUUCUUUGAAAUUUAUCAAGACCCAGAGGAACCAGGGCGGAUUUCUUGGGUUGAGAAUUGGACAAAAAGCGCAGAAUGGCUACUUCAGAACCAAAUCCCAAAAGAAUAUUAUAAGGAGUACUUCGCCAUUACUGAGCCGAUGUUUAUCAAGCCUCGCGAGUUCAAGAUAUUGAAGCGUUUUGGACCUCCAUUUACGAUGUGGAAGAGGGAGAAUGGAGGAUUGAGGGAAUAAUAAGACUACCUAGACAAAUGAGCAGAUAUAGUCAAUACAGGUGCUACAUUUAUCAAGAAUUACUCGG